UCUAACGAAAGUUGUCUUGGGAAUGGCGAUGACAGGGAUGUGGCUAUUGUGAAGUGAGAGUACUUUAGUAAAUAAUUCACGGUUUUCUUUUGUUGUUCCCUUUGUGUAAAUAUUUAAUUAACACAGCUCUCAGAGAUGAAUUUUAAUGCAACAUCUGGUGCAAGAUAUCGUAAGUCUGCUCAGAAAGGAAGCAGAAAGAAGCGUGUGAGUGAUACGGCUGCUAUAAAUGCUCCUGCCUAUCCUCCCGCUUAUCCUCCUUCAUAUCCUCCUCCAUAUAAUCCUUUUGCUUCAGCAGUGCCAGGAACCGUGCCACCUAACAUGAGUGCGUAUGAUGACAGAAAUGCAGUUCCACCUCCAUAUGCUUCUAGUCCAGAUUAUUCACACAUGCAUGCAAAUGCUCCACCAAUGGACCAGGGAUAUUCCAUUCCGGGUCAAUUCUUGAAUGAGCCUCUUGUAGCAAAUGUUGCAAUGCAAUAUGGCCAAGCAUUGGUUGGCUCGGGCAGGCAGCUGGUUGAUCGAGAACUUGAGAAGUACAUCCCCGUUUCGAGGCUCAAGUACUAUUUUGCUGUUGACACAAGAUAUGUCUUAAAGAAACUGGGACUUCUUUUUUUUCCCUUCGUUCAUUCAGAUUGGUCUGUUAAAUAUGAACAAGAUGGACCUGUUCAGCCUAGGUAUGAAAUAAAUGCUCCAGAUCUGUACAUACCUACAAUGGCGUAUGUGACAUACGUCCUUGUUGCUGGAGUAAUACUUGGUAUGCAAGAUAGGUUUACUCCAGAAAUAUUAGGCAUUCAAGCGAGUUCAGCGCUUGCCUGGACAAUAUUUGAAAUAGCAGUAGAACUGAUCACAUUGUAUAUAACCAACAUACAGACCAACCUGAAAACAUUGGAUCUGUUAGCAUUUGGAGGUUAUAAAUAUGUUGGAAUAAUUUUUGCGUUACUUCUGAGCAUACUUUUCCACAAAACUGGCUACUAUGCAGGUCUAAUUUACAGUAGUUUCUCCCUUGCUUUUUUCUUGAUUCGUACUUUGAAGGUGCAGGUCCUGCCAGAUGGAAGUUCACCGCAUCAUAAUGACCCAUACACGCACAGCAGUGGCAAUAAACGAAGAAUGUACCUCCUGCUGUUUGUUGCGGGAAUCCAGCCCCUCCUGAUGUGGUGGCUCUCGUUCCAUCUCAUUUCUCCACCCACUCCCAAGUCUUAACACAUUCUGCAACUGGUAAAGUUGAGACUUGUUGUGCAUAGUCAUUUUGGCCUUCUUGUGUUGAAGAUUUUUCAUUAUUCUAAACAUUUUUCAUAUAAAUUGCGCUGUAUGAAAGUUGGACAGAAGUUGACCUUUAUUUUUACUGUGAACAGGAACUGAUAAUUGUGUACUUCCUUAUGCAAGCCAGUACGAAUAGCUGUUAAAUGUAAUUUAGGCUGCUAUUUACACUGUGCUUCAGUAAUGGAACUGAAUUUAUUUCUGUUAUUGUUCAGGUUCAGUUUGCACAAAAAAUGAACAUAGUUUGUAGUGCUUUCAGUUGACAUUCUAUCUUGAAUUAUCUUAUUUUAAUUUUACAUUUAAGUUAUUCAUUGAAUUAUUAUAGUGUCAUUGAAUUUCUGCUUUGAGGGAGUCAUACUAUUUGAGUAUUGUUCGCCGACCCCCUUUUAACCCUAUAAUUAUUUUUCUUAUAUCAAAAUUUAUGAAAGACUGAAAAUAUGAAGACAACAUAAAUUGCACAAUUCAGAUUAUACAGUGUGUCCACAAAGUUCCUUCAGGGUUUUGAAAAAUUGUUGUGCGCAAACAAAUUGAGCUAGACAUAUGUGGUUUGCGGCAGAUUACAGUGAAACUGGAAGUUUUUUACUGACCUCAGUAGAUCUCGAUGUGGGCUCCCUUGGUAGCACGGAGAACGUCCAGACGAUAUUCGAGCUCUUGCCAUGUUCUGUGGAGCAUGUCCGCUGGAAUAGCCAAGAUCGCACUCCUGAUACAGGUCUUCAGGUCAUCAAGUCUGUUAACUGGUGUUCGGAAAAAAUCCAGUGGUGUUAUGUCUGGUGAACCUGGAGGCCAGGGCAUUGGACCGUCUCUGCUGAUCCAUCUUCCUGGAAAACCGCAUAUGGCCAGCUCAAUUUGUUUGCGCGCCACAAUUUUUCAAAACCCCGAAGGGACUUUGUGGACACACUGUAUUUUGUGUUCAUGUUUACAAAAUCAGAUUUUGUUACUUUGUGGUCACAUGGGGUAUGUCGUCUCCUGACAAAGUGUAAAGAAAUGUUACAGAUAUCAAUUUGACAAAAGUUGUAAGACAAUAAUUUGAUGGUUGGAAUAAAAGUAAAAGCAAGAAUUAACAUUUUCAGAGAUUUUAAGUUAUCGUGGCAUUGGAGAUGGUGAUAAAGAUCUUCUGGGUUUGACAUUAUGUGGUCUUGUACAUAGUUUCCAGCAUUUCCCUGAAAUGUUGGUAACCAGCAUAAGAGAUCACAGAUCAUUAGAACUCGGAAGACAACGAUCAACACUAGUAUUACUCUUGAUUUUUUUGAAUGAGAAAAUCUAUUAAACAAUUUGAGUUUGGUAUGAAACACGUAAGUACUCCUCAUUUCCAGCACAGUACUUUGGGAAUAGUUGCACUCCCCGGCUUCCUGCGUUAUCCCCUCUCUUCCGUAAAGAGAGGCCAGUGACUGAUCUUACCUCUUUGAGCUUCAGCUGUGGACACAACAGCUUUUGGCUGUCUUUCCAUCAAUUUCUGU